AAGAGUGGGUCCAUUGAUUUAUAAGAUGACGACGUCUAGUGAACCAAUUGGGCCACCCGAACGACUCGCCAUCUGCCUGCGGUAAGCAUUUUUACUAUACCUCGUUUUUUCAUGUAAAUGUUUUUUUUUUAUCAACAAUUUUUCAAUCUUGUAAGUAUUAAAUUUUAUGUUUAAUGUUCAAACCUAAUUGUCAGCUCUAAUUGAGUCAUGAGAUUUAGACUAAUUUCACUGUCUCUUGCAGGUUCCUGGCCACUGGUGACUCAUUUAGAGUCAUUGGUUUAAGUUACCGUGUGGGUGCAACCACCGUGGGGAGAAUUGUGCAGGAGGUGUGCCGUGCCAUUUUGGACAGCCUGGUGGGUGACUACAUGCCAGUGCCAACCAAGCAGGACUGGAGGGACAUCGCUGAGGGCUUCUCACAGCGGUGGAACUUCCCGAACUGCUUGGGCUCCGUGGAUGGCAAGCAUGUGGUUAUCCAGGCCCCCUCUAACAGCGGCUCCCUCUUCCAUAAAUACAAGGGCACAUACUCCAUCGUGCUCCUUGCGGUGGUCGAUUACGAUUACCGGUUCCGAGUUAUAGAUGUUGGCAGCUAUGGGCGGAGCAGUGAUGGUGGGACCCUGGCCAACUCUGCCUUUGGUCAGGCUCUGAAGAGUGGGACACUGGACCUCCCAGAGGACUGCCCCAUCCCUGCAGCUGAGGGCCUUGGACCGAUGCCUCAUGUCUUUGUGGGAGAUGAGGCCUUUCCAUUGCAGAAGAACCUGAUGCGUCCUUUUCCAGGGAGAAACCUGACCAGGGAGAGGAGAAUGUUCAACUACCGCCUCAGCCGUGCCAGCUUGACGGUGGAGUGUGCAUUCGGCAUUCUCUCCAGCCAAUGGAAGAUGUACCGGCGUGUAAUCGGUGUUUGCCCUAAAAAGGCUGAAACGUGCGUCAAGGCCACCUGUGUCCUUCACAACUUCCUAAAGAUGUCCACAACUACCCGAGCACGCCCAGGUCCUACCAUGGAGGGGGAGUCCACUGCACUGCUGGAUGCUCCCAGAACCGGCAGCAACAAUGCUGCCCGAGAAGCCAUCCGCUCCAGGGAGAGUUUCUGCACGUACUUCAAUGCAGAGGGUGAAGUGUCCUGGCAACGCAAUGUGGUGUAG